AACACAGGAAGCUGCUGAAUUUCUUCACUGCCUAAAGAUGUUGAGGAUCACUCUGUGUUUGUCAUUCGGUGUGUUUCUGUGGGGAUUUGCUUCAUCCUCUAUCACAUGUCCUGAUGGGAGUACUUGUUCAGACUCCGCCACCUGCUGCAAGGCUAAAAUCGGCUUUGGCUGCUGCCCAUUUCCAAAUGCCAUGUGCUGUGCCGAUCUGCUCCACUGCUGCCCUUCAGGAUAUCGCUGUAACCUGGUUACCAUGAAUUGUGAGAAAUUAGACCAGCCGUGGCUGACCAUACCCAUGGUGAAGAAGGAGGCUGCGGAGAAACCAGCCCCACCUGAACUGCCUGGAACUCCACUCCAGGAGCUUAAAGAGAGCCAGGUCCCAGAUCCAAUAAAGAGUUCAGUGGUCUACUGUGACAGUUACACCUACUGUCCUGAUGGCACUACUUGCUGCAGACACCCACAAGGAGGCUGGACCUGUUGUCCCUACUCUCCUGGCAAAUGUUGUCUGGAUGGCUACCACUGUUGUCCAAUUGGAUUUGACUGUGACCGCACCUACACGCACUGUGUGAGGGAAAAACUCACAUAUCCUUUCCUCCGCAAGCCAGCAGUGCCUUCAGCACCUGCCUCCCUCAUCCCAACUUCAGAGGACAAAGAAAACUAGGAGAAGGGACACAGGAAGCAGAUUUUCAGCUGCUGUGACUAUAGAUGUACCUGCAACCCCUCCUGCGUUAUGGUAACACAUGCUGAGAUGGCUUUAAAGUCCACUGUGAUAGAUUUUUUUGGUCAUUUUUGUUAAAAAUUGUCCUAAAAUUCUUUUUGCCAUGCUGAAGAAUAGUACACAGGUC